AUGGCCGAGUCCACCCACCAGUGGCCGGCGGCGCGGGUGCGCCAGACCUUUUUGGACUAUUUCGCUGAGAAGGAUCACACAGUAGUACCUUCCAGCUCCGUCGUCCCCCACAAUGACCCCUCCUUGCUCUUCACCAAUGCGGGCAUGAACCAGUUCAAGCCAAUUUUCCUCGGGACAAUUGGUAAGACGGAUCCCAUGGCCGACCUGAAGCGCGCUGUCGAUUCGCAAAAAGUCAUCCGCGCCGGUGGCAAGCACAACGACCUCGACGAUGUUGGCAAGGAUAGCUACCACCACACCUUCUUCGAGAUGCUGGGCAACUGGUCCUUCGGCGACUACUUCAAGGAGGGUAUUGUGGAAAUGUCCUGGGAACUUCUCACGAAGGUCUAUGGUCUCGACCCUGCCCGACUCUACGUUACCUAUUUCGAGGGCAAGCCCGAGGCUGGGCUCGAGCCCGAUCUCGAGGUGAAGAAGCUGUGGCAGAAGAUUGGUGUGCCGGAUGACCAUAUUAUCCCUGGCAACAUGAAGGAUAACUUCUGGGAGAUGGGUGACCAAGGUCCUUGUGGCCCUUGCAGUGAAAUCCACUAUGACAAGAUUGGCGGGCGCAAUGCUGCCUCUCUGGUCAACGAGGAUGAUCCCAUGGUCAUCGAAAUCUGGAACCUGGUUUUCAUCCAGUACGACCGCCAGGCUGACAAGAGCCUGAAGCCCCUCCCAGCCAAGCACGUCGAUACCGGUCUCGGAUACGAGCGAUUGGUUGCCGUCCUCCAGGAUGUCUCCUCCAACUAUGCCACCGACGUUUGGACUCCUCUGUUCAAGAAGAUUGAAGAGGUCACUGGCGCUCGCCCCUAUACCGACAAGUACGGAAAGGACGAUGUUGAUGGUAUUGACAUGGCCUACCGUGUGGUUGCGGAUCACAUCCGCACCCUGUCCUUCUCCAUUACUGAUGGUGCUGUCCCCAAUAAUGAUGGCCGUGGUUACGUUGUUCGCCGUGUCCUUCGCCGAGGUGUUCGUUACGGUCGCAAGUACCUGAACGCUGAGAUUGGUACUUUCUUCUCCAGAAUCCUUCCUGCCCUCGUUGAGCAGAAGGGUGGUGAGUUCCCUGAGCUCAUCAAGAAGCAAGGAGACAUCAAGGAGAUUCUUGAUGAAGAAGAAGAGGCAUUCGCACGAACCCUGGACCGUGGCGAAGCCCAAUUCGAGAAGUACGCCGCUGCCGCCGCUAAGGAUGGUGCUAAGAAGCUUGACGGUAACACCGUGUGGCGCCUGUAUGAUACGUUCGGCUUCCCCAUCGACCUGACCAAGCUCAUGGCCGAGGAGCGACAGCUUGAUAUCGACGAGGCUGAAGUCGAGGUGGCUCGCCAAAAGGCUAAGGAAGCUAGCAAGGUCGUCAAGGACUCUGUUCAAGGCUUCCCCAAGCUCGAUGUGCACACCAUUGACCAGCUGAAGAAGCUCGACACUGUCGAAACUGAUGAUGAGCCCAAGUUCGUCAGGGGCGACACAAAGGGUAAGGUUCUCAAGAUCUACGAUGGCAAGGACUUCCUCCAGACGACAAAGGAUGUACCAGAACACACCCGUCUGUCAGUUCUUCUAGACCGAACCAACUUUUACGCCGAAUCUGGUGGUCAGGUCGCAGACACCGGCCGCAUUGUCAUUGACGAUGUUGUUGAGUUCAAGGUACUGGAUGUCCAGAACUACGGUGGAUACAUCCUUCAUAGUGGCUACGUCGACUACGGCUCUCUGUCAGUUGGCGAUGAAGCCAUCUGCGAGUAUGAUGAGCUGCGCCGUGCGCCAAUCCGCAACAACCACUCUGGCACCCACGUUCUCAACCAUGCGCUCAGAGAGGUUCUAGGCGAUGACAUCAACCAGAAGGGUUCUCUUGUCGAUCACGAGAAGCUCCGAUUUGACUUCUCCCACAAGAGCGGUGUCAAGAUUGAUGAGCUGAAGAAGAUCGAGGAUCUGUCCAACGCCUAUAUCCGCUCCAACUCCAAGGUUUAUGCCAAGGAUGUUGACCUGGACCUUGCUCGCGAAAUCGAGGGUGUCCGUGCCGUCUUCGGAGAGACUUACCCUAACCCUGUUCGCGUUGUGUCCAUUGGACAAGACAUUGAUACCAUGCUUGCAGACCCCAAGAAUAAGGAGUGGCGCAAGUACAGUAUCGAAUUCUGCGGUGGCACCCACGUGGAGCACACCGGCCUCCUCAAGGACUUUGUCAUUGUCGAGGAGAGCGGCAUCGCCAAGGGAAUUCGACGAAUCAUCGCCUACACUGGUGAGGCUGCCCACCAGGUCCAGCGCGAGGCUGUUGAGUUUUCCAAGAAGCUUGAUGCGCUUGCUGCCCUGCCAUUCGGAGCCGAAAAGGAGGCGCAGAUCAAGGUCACCUCCCAGGAGCUUAGCCAGCUUGUCAUCUCCACCCUGACCAAGGACGAGCUCAACAAGCGUUUCCAGAAGAUAACCAACGACGUCGUUGCGGAGCAGAAGAAGAGGCAGAAGGCCGAGUCCAAGACUGCGCUUGACGCCGUGGCCAAGCACUUCGAGGCCAACGCCGAUUCUAAGUGGUUCGUCGGCCGUCUGCCAAUCGGUGCUAACGCCAAGGCAGUGGGUGACGUUGUCAAGCACUACCAGGGCAAGGAUAAGGAGAAGUCUGUUUACUUGUUUGGUGGAAACAAGGAUGAGGGUGUGGUCCACGGAGUCUACGUCGGAACACAUCUGUCCUCCCAAGGUGUGACCGCAGAGCAGUGGGCUGCCUCCGUGUCUGAGAUCAUCGGCGGUCGCUCCGGCGGCAAGGAGCCCACGCGCCAGGGCCAGGGCACGAAGCCCGAGCACAUUGACGAUGGUGUUGAGACCGCUACCAAGUGGCUCAACGAGAAGCUGAAGCUAUAA